AUGACGUCCGAGGAUGACGAUGCACGAGCCGCCGCACUGAAGGUCCUUCUUUGUGGCGGGAUAGCGGGAGUCGCCACGUGGGCAUCGGUCUUUCCCUUAGAUGUAAUCAAGACUAGGCUCCAAGCACAGACGAUUGCAGGGCAGCCCGAAAACCGCCAGUUGUUACCGCCGCGGCAUGAGCGAAGGGUGUUAAACACAUUUCAACUAUUCAGAGAGGCCUAUCGCGCUGAAGGACUCAAGGUCUUUUACCGUGGCUUAGGCGUCUGCAGUAUAAGAGCGUUUAUGGUAAAUGCUGUUCAGUGGGCUACAUACGAAUGGCUCAUGAAGUAUCUUAACGCCGACUGGACGCAGGUGCCUACUAACGUUGUUGCUAAAGAAGUUUAG